AUGACUAAGCAUAUUAGUCAAUUAGCAGUCUUGAGUGCGUCACCUGAAGGUCGACCGCACUACUUAAAGAAAGUUUUUGAUUCCUUUCUAAACAUCAUGUUAAGUAAAUCACCAACAUUUCAUAUUCAACGAAGUCAUAUCUAUGAACAUGAACGACAAGAUUAUCUACCUAUACAUAGUCAACACCAACAGCCUAAUCAUAAACACAAUAAUAAAAAUGACAAUUUCAUCACCAAACUAACCUCAAACUUUAAACACAAACAUAUCGGAUCUGAUUCAAAUAUGUUUCGAUCAGAAAUUAUAUUCAAUCCUAGAUUAGAUCUAUCCCAAAAGAAACAUUCCACUAGUACUGUUAAUAAUAAUAAUAACAAUAAUAUCAAUAGAUGUAGUAUGUCUCCAACAAAUUCAUGUUUUUCAGUCGCUUCCAUCGGUAAUCCUAUCGAAGAUUGUCAACAAAAAGUUUAUGAUGAUGUUGAUGACCAUGGCGAUGAUGAUGACGGUGGAGAUUACGAUAAUGAUGAUGAUGACGUGAAUGUCGCUGGUGAUGAUCCGGAUGCAGACGACGUUAAUGACUACACAGAUGAGGAUUACAGCCAAAAAGAUGAUGUGGAUGAGUUAUUCUUUAUUAUUCCAUCAACAAAAUCAAUAUCACCGCCUCAAAAUAUACCGUCAGUUAGUCAAUUAAAACAAACAAACACUUGUACAUUGAACACUGUCAAUAAUAAUAAUAAUAAAAAUUUGGUGAAUGAUUCACCGAAUAUACAAAAAUCCUCCUCCACAAGACUACCAAAUCUUAAAGAGAGGAUAACACAUACACAGAAUAUAUGGUGUUUACCAAAUGUUAGUAGGUCAGAGUCAGAGAAAUUAUUAAAAUUUGCUGAAAUUGGAAAUUUUAUUGUACGCGUAAAUCAACACAAUUCAAGUAUGGUGUUGACACGUGUUUGUCCACCAACCAGUGGAUUACGUACAUCGAAUAAAAUACGUGAACGCUUCAAUGGUUGUAGUCGUGGUGUCAGCAGUAACUCUCACAAUAUCGAUGAUAUUGAUAUCAAGAAGUUUCCUUUACCAAUCAAACAUAAUUUAAUUGAAAUACUUCCACAUGAUGGUUAUUGUUUAACUGGAGAUAAGAAAAUGCGAUUGAUAUUUAAAAGUUUAGUUCAUUUGAUUGAAUUCUAUUUACGUGUUGAAAUCAAAUCGUAUGGUUCAUUCCUCUGUUUACCAAUGGUGAUCGCUCAGGCUAAAACAAUAGAUGAACUUGAACAGUAUAAUAAACAGGGAAUGGAAUUUUGGAAAUCAAUCAAUAAUCAUUGGAAUAUUGAACAAUUUAAAGGUUUAAAUUCUCAACACUAUCAAAGCAAGAAGUUAUCGUUAAAAAAUCAAUUCAGUAAUAAUAAUAACAGUAACACUUCAAUGAAAACAUCAAUAUUAUGGAAUCAGAAAGACGGGGCUGGAGUAAAAUCCCCACCAGCAUCAGCUGUCGUCGAGUCAUCGACUUCAUCAUCAACCUCAGGAGCGCCAUCAACACAACAUCAACAUCAACAGCAUGAGGAAUAUCCCCGUUGGAGACAAAUGAUGAUGUUAAAUCCUGAUACCAAUGGUGGGGGGAAGUCAAUGCCACGUGUACGUCAAAGAGCAAGCUCUUUAAAUGACCGCCUAACAACACAAAAACAUUCUGAUUACAACAAAUUGAAACAACAUGAAAAUAAUAUUGAAAACAUUGAAAAAUAUUCAUUCAGUGGUAAAAACAAUCAAAAGUUAAAUCAUACAAGUACUUUGUUAGAAUCAAUGAAACAAAGACUGGAUCAUCGAAAUCAUAUGAAUAACACUCAUUAUCAUCACAAUAAUAACAACAGUAGCAGCAGUAGAAGUCAACUGAAUUUAGAUAAACAAAGUAUGACAGCUACAAUCACUGGCGCUGGAGCGAAUUUAACGAAAAUUAAAACAAAUGACCCGCCUGAUUCAUCCUCGUCAUCACAGCCUUCACAUCGAAUUCAUCAAAGUAGAAGUCAUCAAAAUGGAGUAUAUGAAGGAGCUGAAAGCGAAUUCUGGGAUAUUCUUCUGCAAGCAAAAUCAUCAAACCCUGUACAGACUAAUAAUGGAUCUCAUGCAGGAUGGCGUUCAUGGAAUACGAAUCAAUCAAUCAAACCUUCAAUUAAUCAGGCUCAUACACAACCUAAUGAGAUCACCAUUACUACAACUACUCUUACCACUAAUACUACUCUCAGCACUAUGACUGCUACUAAUACCAAUACUAAUACUAAUACUACUAAUCUCAGUAAUAAUCGAUUACAACAAAGGAAAGCUUCUACUCCACCCCAUUAUAUACACACCACAAUAUCAAAUCCAUUCAACCUUACCAAUAGCGCCAGUAGUAAAUAUCAUCAAGACAUUGGAGACUUCAUAUUUCCCCAUGAAGUGGUCAAUUCACAAGAGAAAAAACGUCAACUAAAACAUCAAAUCUCAUUACCAAGUGAAAAAUUACAACCAACAAUUGAUGCGUUGAAUAAAAGUUUAGCCAAUCAGAUGUUGCCUAUCAUUACCACCACAACCACCACCCAGUCAGCAACAACAGCAGCAACACCAACGUCUACUACACAAUCGUUACAUGUCAAUACCGGCGAUAAUAUCAUCACCUCCAAUAGUCAUAAUUGUAUUACUUCUAAUACAUCUGGCUUCAGUGCAGAUACUACUCACAAAAACAUUAACAGUAGUAUAAGUAGAGAUACGGGUUCAAAUAAAAAGCUGCCCGAUUACUUUACUCGAAUAAUUGACACUAGUAAUGGCAAGAAUAGUAAUAGUAAUAAUAAUAAUAAUGAGGAUGAUGGCGACAAUGACGUCAUCAGCUCAAAUCUUGUAUCGAAUCCAAUUUAUCUGGAUGAGUCAUUUAUCAUCAAUGACCAGCUAACAGUUGAUACUAAAUUUAGUCAUGAUGAUGAGAGUGGAGCAAAUUAUCAGAAUAAUGAAAUUACCCAGUGUUAUAUGGAUAAAACAUCGUCUGAUUAUGAUAUAAUUAUUGAUAAAAGUGAUGAUUAUAACCAAACAAGACGCUCAUUAAAGCUAAAUGAACUGAAGAAUGACAUAAUAACGCCUCAAACAGUUGGACAUGUGUUUGUUAUGAAGGCAAAAGCCUAUCCAAUAGAAGAUUACAGUUUUUUAUCUAACCUACCAGAUUGUUCUGAUGUUGGUGUUGUCGUUGACAAGUCGAUAAGGAAGACAACGCCGCCGCCACCGCCACUACCAGCAUCAUCAUCAUCCACAGGAGUGGGGACAAAAUCGCCAACAACGCCAUCAUCGACCAAUUGUCAUCAAGAGGCUGAUAAGAUUAAAACACUUGCUACUACUACUACUGCUACUGAUAUCACUCAUACUACUAACACUACUACUACUGAUAAUAAUAUCAGUAGUAUAUUUGAAUCCUCAAAUACAAUGAAUAAACCUAAAUUACGACGUGCCUACACAAGUAAAAAGUCAUCUAAACGAUUGCAACCUUAUAUGGAAUUACUCUCUGAUGAUAACAGCACAACGACGACAAACAGUCGUCGGCAUGGAUUACUAUUUCUCGGUGAAAGUUCAACAUGGUUACGUAAUAAUAUUUUACCUACAGAAGAGAUUGAUAAAAUCUUUUCUACCAAUGCAAUUAAACAAGCCAAUUCAACGAACUCUACUGGAAAUAUUCAUGGCACACAAACGACACAAAUUAAAAACUCUCCUACAUUGGCAAAUAACAUCAUUCAUACGGAUCGUUCACAUCUCCGCCGUCAUCUUCAGCAUUCAAACUCUGAUAGCUCAGAUAUUAAUGAGCCAUUUUUAGAUCAAUAUAAUUAUAAAAAGCACGAUUUCAAAAGUAGUGAUUAUCAAGCUGAUAAAAGAAGCUGUUGUUUUAAAAAUGAUCAUAAUUCGAAGGUAAACUAUUCUACAACAACAACAACAGAGACGACUGCAUUACUGGAAACCCCGAUAGAUUCCCUACCCGCUGAGGGCCCAACAGUCACUCUGCUCUCAGCCCCAAGAACACCACACUAUUCAGACAGUGAUUAUCAAAGUGAACAAGAUAUUGCCUGGACUAGAACUUUGCAUAGUCAACAAUCCUAUCCACCAACUCGACAGUCAGUACUACUGGAUCCUCAACAAACCAAAGGCGGAAAACUUGAAUCGAAUUCUUCAUCGCCUGCAGCUAGUAGUCGUGCAAGUACAGUGUUUUGUCCACCAUGGGACAGUGCUCCAAUUGGUCCAUAUCUUGCUGAUUUAUUAAAAUUAAAUCCACCAUUUUCAAAUCUUGAUGAAAACAAUCAAUCUUCAAGUGGCGAGCAGCAUCAUAUCCGAACCGACCACCCAUGUCAACAUCAAAAACAGCAAGCAUGCCAGCAGCAUCGUAGAGAGUCGUCAACAUUUAACCGACGUAAGACAUUCUCCAGCGUUGAACAUCAGCUGUGGGCUGAAAAAUUAGCCGCUGACUAUAAUAACUAUUGUUCUUCAUCAUGUUCGAUAACGUCAACACCACCGACAACUGGGGAUGUCAGCAAUAAUAUUAAUAAUAAUAACAGUAAUAAGCUGGACAUCCAUAAUCUGUUUUGGCUAUGGCAAGAGCAACAGCAACAACAACGACAAUCGCAGUCGAAUGAUGAAAAAUCGUCAUCCGCUUCAAUGGGAAAUAUUGAUUUAUUGAAGAAGCUACAAAAUGAUUUUAACACGGCGAUGAAUACAAGUCAUAAUGAAGGCGGCGAGAAACCGCCUCCACUGCCGGCAAGGAGUAAACGAAGUGUACCUAUCGGCAUGAAUCAUAUUAACAACAGUAAUAGUAAUAAUAAUAAUAUAGAUAACCCUUUGAAUUUAUCGAACAUUUCGAAAAAGAACAGUUCAGAUUUUAAAGGGUGUUCAUUGGAAGAUUUUACAGAUGAUAUAAGCCCAUAUGCUGUCACUGCAUGUCAUUCUUCAUCAAUGUGUAAUGAGGACAAUCAUAAAAAUAAUAUUGAUUCAAUGAUCUCAAUACCUGAGAGUACAGGUGAUCCAUACUCACUGAACAGUUUGAAACAGUAUACACCUGCAACACCGUUGAACAGCACUCAUCAUGAUAACGGUAACGGUACAGUUACGCCUGCCACUGCUACUACUACUACUACUACAACAAAGGCAUGGACUAAGACAACAGCGACCAACACUGGCAUUACUGCUAAUAAUAAUAAUGACAGUACUACUGUUGAAGAACUUCUACCCUAUGAUUAUUCUGCUUCAAAUAGAUCAACCCUUUUUGAUUUCUCUCAGACAUCAUUGAACAAUAACAGUAAUCCUUCAGAAUGUACAAAAAUGAACAAUAACAAUAAUAGUGGAAAUGAUAAUCGCGGUGAUAAAAAAUGGCCGGAUAAUUAUGUUUAUGCUCAAGUAUUACCAAAACAUUUACGUGAUAAUAACGAUAAAAAUCAAUAUGCUGAUUCAACUUCACUUGAUCUCUAUAGUACAAUGAAUACAUUUCAACCGGAUUCAUUUAAUACACUUGAUAAUUGUGAAUUAUUGAAUUUAAAACCAUUAGAAAAUUUAUCAUUGAACAAGCCUACGGAUUGUAUAGAAAGUUUUAUAAGUAAACAGUGUAUUGCCCCAUUGACAAGUGGUGAGGAAGAAUUAGAAGGAGAAGAAGAAGGAGAAGAGGCCUUACAGUCUUCACCAUCAACAAAUUCACUGGCUUCAGCCUGCUCCUCAACGAAUGCCUCCUCCUCCUCCUCUUCUUCUACUUCACCCUCUGCCUUAUCCUCCUCAACAACAUUCGAUUCAAAGACAUCUAUCUCAUCAUGGAAUUCCUCGGAAAUGUAUUCAUCACCAAUAAUUAGUAAAUCAUUCCUAGUGGGUCAACAAAAUCCUGUAUCAGUGACAAAAAGAAAUCGAUCCAUUCAAUCGAUUAGUGCAAAUCAUCGAUCGGGAGUAGAUAAUCAUCAUCAUCAUCACCAGCAGCAUCACCAACCAUCAGAACAACAACCUUCUCGUCAGUAUGGAAAGUCUUCAGAACAAAGAAGCAGUACAGAUAUAAUGAAUGAAUGUAAUGAAUUGCCGAAGAAAACUAAAAAAAUUGGUCGACAUAUCAGGAAAUUUUUUCAUAAAUUAAUGAUAACUGGAUCAAAUAAUCAUAUCGCUGAACAGAUCAAUUUAUUUGUAGAGUGUACAAAAGCUGGCAGUGAACGUGGACCUUAUCGUACAAUGCAAUCAAUUCGUCAAUUCAUCAAUGGCAUGACGAAUUAUUUACUCAAAAAUCCUGAACUUGGCUUACCUAAAGCUGUUGAACGAGAGAAAAAAGAGCUGAAUCAAUUUGGUUAUGUAAAUGUUGGUUUUCAUUUGGAAUCAGCGUUACAACGAUUUAUCCUUAAACCUUUACAUUCACAUGUUAUCAAAUUACUGAAACAAGAACAAGUGAAAAAUACCGACUUUACUAAUCUCUUGAUCAAAGUUCAAAUGUUAUGCGAUCCACAAACUCAUUCGUCUGAUCUUGGAAUACAGGCGUCCGUUGCACCGCCGAAAGAAUCCUUGAUACAAUAUGUUACCAGUGCAUAUUCACGUUUGGAGAACACCUAUUCAGUCAAUCGUAAGAUGAAUUACCUCGUCUGUAUAUUUAAUUCUAUACGAAAAAAUAUAUACAACGUAAAAUCUGAUCAAGAAGUUGAUGCCAACUCAUUGAAUACAGAAGAUCUAUAUGCUUACUAUGCAUGGGUGUUUGCUCGAUCUGGCCUACUACUCACCCCAUUAAUUUCAAAUGCCAGUGAACCAAAUCCACAUGGAAACACUUCAACACCGCCGUUAGAUCAACCAUCAGCAUCUAAAUCAAUCUUUCUUGAUUUGUCCAUCUGCACUACAAGCUGA